UCAGAAGCAGAAACAGAACACGCCAGGCCCAGCCCAGGAAGUAGUCUUCUAGAGCCUUCCCCUUCCGCAGCGGCGGCCGUAAUAAAAUACGCACGCGCACCCGCCCCCUUCCAUUCCAUCACGGCCGCCUCGCUUCCGCCGCUAGGGUUUCCUUUGUAGCGGGUUUUUUUCCUCUCGAGACACACCUCCACCACAGUCCACACCCGGCGGUCGGAUCGAUGGCGGCGGAAGCGGCGGCUGCGGGGAAGGAGAAGAUGCUGACGCUGAUCAGCAGCGACCUCGAGAAGUUCGAGGUGGAGGAGUCGGCGGCGAGGGAGUCGCGGACCAUCGGGAACAUGAUCGAGGACAGCUGCGCCGACAACGACAUCCCGCUGCCCAACGUCAACGCCAGGAUCCUCGCCAAGGUCAUCGUGUACUGCAGGAAGCACGCCUCGGCGCGCGGCGGCACCGAUGCUGGUGAUGCGGAGCCAACCGCUGCGACUAACAAGGCAUCAGAGGAUGAGCUCAAAACCUUCGAUGCUGAGUUCGUCAAGGUUGACCAGGCCACCCUCUUUGACCUGAUUCUGGCUGCAAACUACCUGGACAUCAAGGGGCUGCUGGACCUGACCUGCCAGACUGUCGCCGACAUGAUCAAGGGGAAGACUCCAGAGGAGAUCCGCAAGACAUUCAACAUCAAGAAUGACUUCACACCAGAGGAAGAGGAGGAAGUGAGGAGGGAGAACCAGUGGGCCUUUGAAUGAUGCUGGAGGCUCUAACAACAGCAAUAUCGUAUAACCAGGCCAGAGAGGAAGUCUCCUUGUUCGGGAUGUUGUGAUUUUGGAGCAGCUAUAGACUGUCUUGGGUUUAACAAAUCGCUUAGAAGGUGUAAUGUAGGUUUGGUCGGUCGUGAGCAGACUAUUUUGCUGUUCCAGUAUUUUGGUGCAUUGGAUUAUUGGAUGCUCUUGGUUGCUAAGAGGCUGGUUGGUUAUCAAGCAUUGCUGGUUCUGCAUAUCUAAUUUCGUUUCA